AUGUCCUUCUUACCAGAGAAACACGCCAACUACUUUCGGCUAUGCCUGAAGUCAAUGCCUGAGAAGGCCCAGUCUGAGGAUUCCAAUAAGCUAGCACUCAUAUAUUUUGCUGUCCAUGGGCUUGCGCUCUUGGGGAGACUAGAGACAGAGGUGGAUAGAGAAUCAGGUGUGGCAGAUAUCUAUGCCCACUUGAUCCCGAGCUUAGAUGGAGAGAUGGAGGGAUUUAGAGCUAGUCAGACAUUUGCUCUUGAAGAGAGGAUGAAUGAGUAUGACUUGCCCAACUUGCUGGCCACGUUCUUUGCGUUGGCCACGUUGUUGGCGUUCGAUGAAGAUUACUCCAAGAAGCUUGAUAGACAUAAGACCAUGAGGUUUGUCAGUCGAAGUCAGAUCCUCGAGGGAGAGAACGCCGGCUCGUUUAGGCCUGUGCUUGAUACUGAAGGUCAUCCAUGGGGCGAGUCUGAUCUUCGGUUGUGUUACAUUGCAGCUGGUAUCAGGAAGAUGCUUGGGUAUGAAAAACUUCCAGAAAACGAAAGAACAAAUGACAUUGAUGUCGCCAAAUUAGAAGCUUUCAUCCUAGAUAAGGUUAACUUCAACGGAGGGCUUUCAUCAUCGUCCCACACAGAGUCCCACUCGGGGCUUACGUUCUGUGGCAUAGCAGCACUAAGACUCCUUGGGUGUGAUCUUUCAGCCCCACAAUACACCGACUGGGUGGAACUUACUAAAAAUUGGCUUGUACAUAGACAAGUGGCCUACCCUCUGGAACUUUACAAGGGUGUGUCGUACGAAUACUACGAGCCUAGUGACGUUGGAGGCUUCAACGGAAGAGAGAACAAGUUUGCCGAUACAUGCUACCUGUGGUGGGUGAUGGGGCUGUUGAGACUCCUAAGUGAAGAUGGCGUACAAUUGAUCAAUGCUGAAGGAAUCCUUGACUACUUGCUUGACAGGACUCAGCACAAGCUUAUAGGAGGGUUUGGUAAAGAUACCGAAGCGUUCCCCGACCCAUUUCACUCGUUCCUAGCCAUCUGCAGCAUUUCACUUCUCAAGCACUCAUUGCCUGAUUUAAACAUUGAAGGAACCGACCGUUUAGAUGGCGUGGACGAAGAGUUGGUUAUUAGCCAGAGGCUGCGAAACUUCCUAGACCACCUUUGGCGCUAA